AUGCAUUUAGCUCACAUAUGUUUACUGCUGAUAAAUCUGCAGAGAAUAUCCAGCUAUAAUUGUAACUUACCAACAUCUGUUCCUGUAAAGUCCGUUGAUUCAAGACUCAAACUACCAAAUGGUUUUAAAGCCGAGAUAGUUGGAAAUGUUGGUGCAGCACGAGAAAUAGUUGCGCUGCCAAAUGGUGAUCUAAUCGUCGGAACAAGUAAUACACAAAUUUUCAUUAUAGCAAACGCUGACGGACUCAGUGAUCCGAGAGCUCCACAGGUAUUUGCAACAUUGCCAGACCGUCCAGCACAUGGUGUUGCUUUUGGUAGUGGCUAUAUUUUUGUUGCAACGCAACUGGGUGUAUUUAGAAUACCCUAUAAAGAAUGUGCAUUAAAUGGUACGAUAGAAAAAAUUGCUUCAAUUCGACCAAAUGGAGGAGGAGGACAUACUUCAACAUCACUUGAGGUCGAUGGGCAAACACUUUAUGUGAGUGUUGGUUCUUCAUGUAAUGCAUGUAAAGAAACUGAUCCUACUAGGGCUACUAUACAAACAAUGGGUUUGGAUGGUAGUAAUAUGACAACAUAUGCACGUCGUUGGCGUAAUGCAAUUGCUAUAACCAGAGAUCCGUCAACAGGAAUAGUUUGGGCUGGUGGCGCAGGACAGGACAACCUUCCAAGUGGACAUCCGUAUGAGUAUUUAGAUCCAGUUUCCACGAGGCCAGCUGGCUCUGACUAUGGUUGGCCUGAAUGUGAAGAAAAUCAGAUUGCUUAUGUGAACGGUGCUAACUGCUCAAAUAUCGUAGUUCCGUUGAUAGAGUUUCCAGCAUAUGCGACAAUCAUGAGUGCAGUGUCCUAUCCGAUGAUUCAAACUGGUGAAUUUCAUUUCCCAUUAACUUGGCAUGGUGGACUUUUUGUUAGUAUUCAUGGUUCAUGGCAUUCAGGUUCAAAUGGUCCGCUGAUCGCCCCAUAUGUUGCCUUUGUUCCAUUUACAAACGGAAUGCCAAGAAAACCUGUUGAUUGGAACGAUCCUACGCAACAAUGGUCAUAUUUCUUUACUGGAUUUCAAGAUGCAGCUGGUAGACGUAUUGGUCGUACCACCGGCCUUACAAUAGGCCCUAAAGGAAGUCUAUUUGUCGCGGAUGAUCAAACAGGAAAUAUCUAUCGUAUUCGCCCAACCUAA